GAAGUGACAGUUUGGACGCUCUGUCCACACAGGCGGUGAGUGCGGACGGGUUCCUGGGUGUCGUGGUGUGGCCGGGGGGAGCGCAGCGUCACGUGACAUGGCCGAAUCCUCCGCGACGGCGGUGGCGGGAGGAGCCGCGUCCAGCACGGUAACCACUGAGUGUGAGGCCCGGCCGGAGCCGCGCUCACUGACACUGAAGCUAAGGAAGAGGAAGCCGGACAAGAAAGUGGAGUGGACGUGCGACACGGUGGACAACGAGCACCUGGGCAGGCGCUCUUCCAAAUGCUGUUGCGUCUACGAGAAGCCGAGAGCUUUUGGGGAAAGCUCCACCGAGAGCGAAGAUGACGACGAGGGCUGCAACAGCUCCCACUGCAUCCAGGGCCACAAGAAGAAGACACCUGGGUCAGGAGGGGGCCCGCCACCGCCAAGCCACAAGAACCCGGGCGCCAUGCAGCACUGAGAACGGCGGGAGAGAGUGACGGCGUGCAUCUGAAACGCACAGAAACAUCGCUGUAUUACCCAAGCUGCCGACUCCUGUCUCUUCCGGAGCGCGAGAGUCACAGCAGCAAGUUGCCGGUUUAGUGUUUUGUAUGGGGCCACCAUUGAGGAAAACUAUGACAAUGACACCAGGGAGGGGGAAGGUAGCGUGUUCGACC